UGGUUCUAGUUCUAAAAUCUGUGAAAUCUUAAAAAGUUAUUAAUCUUUUUCAACAAGUUACUAAUCGCGCUAAGCAAAUAAACCAUGAAGAUUUGAACUAUGAUCAAGCGACUACCGAGAUAAGGGUGGCACCAAUGCCAUAAAAACCCAGUUACCACUGAAGCUAAAGCUCUCGUCGAAACGGAAGAGCGAAGUUUACAAAGUUUGAUGACCGUUUUCACUUUUACUUAUUGAGUGGUAUUGGCGGUUGGGAGCUCAUUUCGCGAUCGGUUCUCUUGGCGCGCAGUCCGAAGUCCGCAGUUUGGUUUCUACAUAUCACAUAAUAAUGGCCAAUUCCGUUAUUCCCACUUCCGUUAAUCCCGAUCUGCAAAAGGAACGCGAUGGAGCGAGUUUUAGCAGCGAAGAAUUCGCGGCCUUUUGGGCCGGAAGCGAGGAGACUCUAAAGUUCAUCCGCGGCGUUCGUGCAUAUAUGCAGCAGGAUGUGGAUGUGCUGGAGAUGUUGCAAUUGCAGAACAAAUCGCACGAGGAGAUCGUCGAAUUCUCCGUGAAGGGAGGCAUUGAGGUGGCCAAAAAGCUGCGACGUCUGCAGGAAGAGCGUAAUCCUGGCGGCGAUGAUUACUGGCCGAAACUGUACGAUCACCAAGUGAUGUGGGGUCUUGUGCCCGGCGGCAAUCCCUUUGGCGUAAUGUAUGUGAUGCUGGUGAAAGCUCUGCAGGCUCAAUGCACUCCGGAGCAGUACGAGGACUUUGGCAAGCGACUGGAACGCUUCGAGAUAUGCGGCACCUACGCUCAAACGGAACUGGGCCAUGGAACCUAUCUGCGCGGACUGGAAACCCGGGCUGAUUUCGAUCCCAAGACAGAUGAAUUUGUGCUCAACACACCGUCGAUUUCCUCCUACAAGUGGUGGCCUGGCGGAUUGGGUCACAGUUCCAACUAUUGUUUGGUAAUGGCUCAGCUGUAUAUCGACAACAAGUCCAAGGGCCCGCAUAUGUUCUUCAUACAGGUGCGUGAUGAGGAGACCCACGAGCCACUGCCUGGCGUUCACAUCGGUGACAUUGGCAAGAAGAUGGGCUUUUGGGGGGUUAACAAUGGCUUUCUGGGCCUUAAGAAUGUGCGGAUACCAAGGACUCGCAUGCUAAUGCGACAUGCCCAGGUCAAUGCCGAUGGAUCCUAUGUUAGCAGUCCCACGAAUGUGCUUACCUAUUUUGCCAUGGUGCGCACGCGCUGUCUAGUUGCCAAAAAUAAUUCGUUGAUGUUGGCGGCCGCUUCCACCAUUGCCACUAGAUACUCGGCUGUCAGACGCCAAAGUCCCAUAAAUCCCAAGGAACGUGAGCCCCAGAUCAUGGAUCACGUCACUCAGCAAAUGAAGCUUUUCCCGGAGAUUGCCACCAGUUUGGCCCAUUGGCUGGCCAGUGACUACUUAUGGAACCUCUACGAUGUGACCAUUGAGGAUAUAGAACACGGAAAGUAUGAGCGCCUGCCGGAGCUGCAUUCCCUGUCCUGCGCUCUAAAAGUAACCUGCUCAAUGGACUCUGCCGCUGGCGUGGAAAGAUUGCGUUUGGCAUGUGGCGGCCACGGGUACCUCAUCUCGUCCAACAUGAGCAAUAUUUACGUAAAUGCCAGCGCAGCCUGCACCUACGAGGGCGAGAACACAGUACUGCUGCUGCAGAUUGGUCGCUUUUUGAUGAAGACCUGGCGGUCGGCGUUGAGUGGAGCUCCGUUGGCGCCCACCGUUCGCUAUCUGGCCGAGGUGCAAAAAAAUCCGGAGUUUGGCAAAUGGACAGGCAGCUGGGAAAACAUGGUGAAGGCCAUGCAGUAUGCAGCUGCUAAUAAGACACGUGUGGCCUUUGAGAGCCUUUCCAACCGACUAUCUAAGGGCGAGACCGAAGGGAAUGCGGCUAAUCAUACGGGCAUUGAGUUCACCCAAGCAGCCGAGCUCCAUGGACGCGCCUUUGUUUUCGGCUCUUUCACCGCUGAAGUGACUGGACCCAAAUCCAAAACCCGCUCAGCGGCGCUCAAUCGAGUUUUGGAAAACCUUCUGGAGCUGUACCUGGUCAAGGAGACACUUAAUCAAAUGGGCCAUCUACUUAGGUUUGUUGAACUGACCGAUACGGAUCUCACGCGGCUGCAGGAUCGUUUGGAAACGGUGCUCACCAAACUGCGACCCGAUGCUGUGGCUAUUGUGGAUGGCUUCGACUUUAGUGACCUCCAACUAAACUCCACUUUGGGCUCCUACGAUGGCAAUGCCUAUGAGCGUAUCUUCGAUGCGGCUCUCAAAAACCCGGUGAACCAGAAGUCAGUGCCAAAGUCCUUCCAUGAACUCCUGAAACCUUUCAUGAAGUCCAAUAUGUAGUGCCUAGCACCAAUUUUAAGUCAUUUGUAAAUCCAUUAUCUAGUGUUGAACUAGAUUUUGGGUUAUGUUAAUGUUUAUACCCGGUAUGUAUUGAUUUUGUACAUGCCCAGUCUUUUUUGUUAUGAUUUUGUAAAUAAAACUGUUUAUAAUAUAUUCUCCUCUUUAACUGAA